UAGGAGCCGCGUGCACAUCCGCACCCGCCACACUAUCGCGACCGAGUCGGGAGAGACACGAUGACGGCGGGGGGGAAAUGAGUCGGACGCUGUCGCGGGGCCACUUUGCAGUUAGCGGAUAAAUACUCCGUCAGUAUUCAUUCUUUUUGUUUAUUUGAUUCUUGGGGUAUCUGAUGACGACUGUUGACACCCAGCUCUGAAGCUUAGCUGUCGACCGGAGCCAGAGAAGAACAAAACGGUGGAUGCUGGAUGGAUAUCAUUGGACACAAAAGCCUGUAUCCAUCCCUAGGUCAGUGUCAGUCACCCCGUCUUCCUCCCCGCCCCGCCCCUCAGCUCUGACAUGGAAGGGAGCGAUCAUCCGCUUAGGAGGACCCUUCACAGGCUGAAGUUAAUGAGUUCCCCCAGCCUCAGCGAGCUGGGCAAGAGUGAGAAGACAGCGUUGGAGGAGAGGGGGACCCAGCAGAGGAGGGCGGGGGCCAACGCCACCUGGAACAGCAUCCACAAUGCUGUGAUCGCCGUGUUCCAGAGGAAAGGCCUGGCCGAAAAUGAGCUCUACGUUCUCAAUGAGGGUGUCAGACAACUUUUGAAAACAGAGCUGGGAUCAUUCUUCACCGAAUAUCUCCAAAACCAGCUGCUCACGAAGGGCAUGGUCAUACUGAGAGACAAAAUAAGGUUCUAUGAAGGUCAGAAGCUGCUGGACUCUUUGGCAGAGACCUGGGACUUCUUCUUCUGCGAUGUCCUCUCCAUGUUACAGGCCAUUUUCUACCCGGUCCAGGGUAAAGAGCCCUCCGUGCGGCAGCUGGCUCUGCUGCACUUCCGGAACAUCAUCACUCUGAAUAUAAAGCUGGAGGAUGCGCUGUCCCGCCCCCGCGCCCGGGUGCCCCCGUCCAUCAUCCAGAUGCUGCUCAUCCUGCAGGGGGUCCACGAGUCCAAAGGAGUGAGCGAGGACUACCUGAAGCUGGAGUCCCUGAUCCAGAAGGUGGUGUCCCCCUACCUGGGCACGCACGGCCUCUUCUCUGACGAUGGCACCGUCAUGCAGUGUUCCUGCGUGCUGGAGAAGCGUCUUUUGCGGCGCUGGCCCAAGCCCGGCGAGCCGUUGGCCAAGAACCCGGUGGUGCGGUCCAAGAGCUACAACAUCCCGAUGCUGACGCCGGUGGCGGAGUACGACUCGGAGGUGGGCUCGGUGGGCAGCGUGGGCAUCAGACGCCACUCGGUGUGCGAGAUGACCUCCUGCAUGGAGGAGCAGGGCUUCUCCAGCCUGGCCCCCGGGGUGGACGUCAGCUCCAAGGCCUCUGCGGCCAAGCCCAGCCUGACCUCAGAGCCGGACAUCAGCCUGGCAGGGAGCCUGUGUGAGGCCCCGCCGCCCUCCCCCUCCAUCUUCCUCGAACACUCCCCGGGACCCUUCUGCGCAGAGGGCAGCCAGCCCUCGCCCUCCGCCUUGCCCCCGGAGCCCUCCUCCCUUCCCAGCUGCUCCUCCAGCCCCGAGACCAUCGUGGACCAGAUCCUGGAGUCCAUGGACUCCGACGCUGAGGGCAUCUUCAUUGACUUCCCCCACCGCUGCUCAGACCCGCCGGGAUACAGCAGGGAGAACGGCAGGCAGAGUGUGGUUUAGCGGGGAGAGGGGGGCAGGGUGGGGGUGACAUGGCAUGAUGUUGGACAGUGUGGGACAGAUCACCCCUGCAGUACGCCCCAAUUAAACCCCCACCCCCCCCCACUCCCCUUUCCGCUUUCUAGGUCCCACAUUUUUCUAAAACUUUUUAACAGCUUUGAUAAAAAAAAAAAAAAAAAGUUGUGUUGCUUUUCUGAUUGUUUAGUUUCGGUGUCGGUUCUAAACUGAAUGUUGAGAUGUAGGUGUUGGCGCCCCCUGUCCUCGGUAGCUUCACCUGAGUGAAGUGACGGAUCACUGAUCCCAGGCCAGUGAAGGCGCUCUGAUGUGAGAGGGACAGAGAGGGUGGUGUUCCAUCCACACCUUCCCUCCUGUCCCGUACGAAGUGUUCGGAUGUUUAUCCCUGUUUCUUCUGAUGCUCUGGCAUCAUGUCGCUAAUGUGAAAAAUCAGGGGUGGAGCUAAGGAGAGCACUCAGGGUCCUCUCCCAGGUAACCUGUAGAAGUGUGUGCCAAGCAGUGAGGGGUGACAAGUCCAGUCCCUUUUCACCUGUUUUCUUGCUUCUCGUUCUGAAGACCCAUCACUGGUGUAUUUUAAUAUCCCAAGAGCACGCAAAAUAAUCCCCCUAAACCCUGCAAAGAAAAGAUGGUAGAGAUGUGUGUGUCCUGUCAAUGGUGUGUAAAGUCAUAGCAGAAACUCAGUGCUAGUCAUAGCUGAAAUUCAAGGGAAAAUUACUACUGAAGGUGUAGACAAAAUGAUUCCUGAAACUCAAGGUGAGUCAUAACUGAAAUACAAGACGAGUCAUAGCCAAAACUGAGAUAGUUAUACAUCCCAAAAUAAAUGGAGUGAUUUAAAUUGACUGUGGUAUUAUACAUCAGAGUAAGGCAGGAACGGAGGGGUAUCAUCUGCAGCACAACAAAGGAAAGCUAUUCCCUCAGAUAACAAACUGGAGAAAUGUUGUUUCCUCACCACAGUUUGUGUAAAAUCUCAUUUUUGUUUUUUUUGGCAUUUAAAUAAUUUAAAAAAUAUUCAGCAAAAGAAAUGAGUAUCUUUAUUGCUCUAAAGAAUUAUUUUACACAUUUCAUUUACAUACAUUAAAUAUAUCCCUUCAGAGAGGAACUAUACUAAGGGUUGUGACACAUAAAGAAAACUUACGAUAUCUGUCAUGUAGUUAGGAAACUGCACAACUGUUCUUUUGUGAUUGUUUUAGUGAUUGUAAAUCUUUUUAACCAAUUUUCUUAUGUAUUUUUUUUCUGGAGUGCAUACCGUCCCUGAUC